CCGAGGCAGACAUUAGUGGACACAACAUUAUCACACACUGGUGCAAGCAAGAACAUGCAUUUUUCCACUUCAUGCUGACAGAAUUGUUGAAAAUUCCAAGUCGAAAUCAGGACAAUGGGCUGUGGAGCUUCCAAAAGUCUGCCAGUGGAGUUUGAUGAAGUCAGCAAAACAUGGCAUGCUGUUUGCCAGUCAAGAGAUUUUCUCAAACCAGGUACCAAGGUUCAAGUGUCUCCAGAAAAACGGACAGGAUGGAAGACUAUUCGUAUAUUUGUAUCAUCAACAUUUAAAGAUUUCAAUGCAGAGAGAGAAGUCCUUGUGAAGGAGGUGUUUCCUGACUUGCGAGCUUGGUGCCAAGAAAGAAGGCUUCAUCUUGUAGAAUGUGACUUAAGAUGGGGUGUCCCAAAGAAUACAUCUGAUGAGCUAGUGCUGAGAACAUGUUUGGAGGAAAUUGACCGUUGCAUUAAAGAGAACAACAUGCCAUACUUCAUAAAUAUGACAAGUGAACGUGUUGGUUGGAUCCCUAAAACCGGUGAUGUCCCCCCAAAUCUGCUAGACCAAUAUUGCCUAGUGUUUGGACUGUCAGUCACAGAAAUGGAAAUUAUUCAUGGAGCAUACAAGAAAAUUAACCCUAAUUCCAUUUUCAUGUUGCGUGAUAGCAGUUUUCUGAAGGAUCUACCACCAGACCAUCAGAAGAAAUUUCUUGAUGACACAGAUGACCUGGAACUGUCCAGGAAGAAGCUAUCUGCACUGAAAAUAAAAAUUACUGAAAGAUUUCCUGUUGCUGAUGACAUAAGCCAUCAGAAAGAGCGUGUGGUUCACUACUCUGUGAACUUUGAUGGAAUUGAUGACAGAGGGAAAACAAAACUGACUGUAGAUGACACAUUCAAAAGCCGAGUAAAAGAGUUUUUCAAAGAACGUAUAGACAUGCAAUAUCCAAAAGGGGAGCUUCAAGAGGUAACUCAGGACAAAUAUCUUCAAGCCAGGAAUGCUCAUGAGGCUUUCAUGAAGGAAAAAGCAGAAAUUGUAUUAGGCAGAGAUGCUCUAGUACAACAGAUAACGGAGCACCUUGAAAAUGGUGAUGUGGAUGUCCCAAUGCUUAUACUUGGAGACCCAGGUUCAGGAAAAUCAUCUGUGAUGGCUAGAGUAGCAGAUACAAUGGACGAAAAGGCCCGCAAGAACGAAAUCCCUGGGGUAAGGGACAAGAUGCGUUGGAGUGUAUUCUACCACUUUGUUGGUGCAGUCCCUGGUUCCACUGAUGCAGAACAGAUGAUUAGAAGGCUACUCAAAGAACUGGAUAUUGUUAAGGAAGAAAGUCAGAUGCCCAAGGACCUAGAAGCAGCAUGCCAGCUGUGCAUGAGUGUGUUGUCAAACACAGAAACUAAACCUGUCAUCCUAGUAAUUGAUGCCUUGAAUCAGUUGGAUGAUGACCCAGAGGCUUUGAACAUGACUUUCAUCCCGCAGAAACUAGCCCCAUACGUACGCUGUGUGUUUUCUAUGAUCCCGGGAACACCACAGCACAAGACCUUGAUAAGCAGAGAGAGUAAACCCAAGGAAGUAUUUGUACAACCUCUGGAUAUUGCUGCUAGGGAGCAAAUAAUAGACACUUUCUUCGCAACCUUCAACAAACAGUUAGACAGAAUCCAGUUUUCACGUCUGAUGGGCAAGAAAGCAACUGACAACCCACUUUGGCUGUCAAUUGCUCUGGAGGAACUGCGUGUGUAUGGGGACUUUGGAGGAGUCACAGAUAAAAUUGACAGUCUCAAAGAAGACCUGCUUGGACUGCUUGGCCAGGUCCUGGAGAGAUUUGAGGCUGAGACAGGGGGUAGUCUAUUGGUAGCCACUCUGUGUAUGAUUGAGGUGUCCAAAGGGGGUCUUUUGGAAUCAGAGUUGCUUUUAUUGCUGGCAGAUGAGGAAAAUCUGAUGCCUCCUGAAGAAGCUGAAGCAACUGAAAAAGGAGACAAGGAAGCAUCUGAAAAAAAGCAAAACUCCACAGAUGUGCUGCCCUAUUUCAAAUGGGCAUCAGUGUACAGGGUAUUGAGGCCAUUCCUCCGUCCAUAUGGCCAGAGUGGGGAGGGCAGACUGGACUUCUACCACAGGUCACUAAGCAAGGCCAUCAGGCAGAAAUACUUUGGUGGCCAGGACGAAAAAACCAAUGAUGGAAAGGUGAAACUCUGGUAUGAUUGGUGGCAUGGAAAAUUGGCAGACUUUUUCAUGAAGACUGAUAAUAUUGAGAGGAAAGUAGAGGAGCUACCAUUUCACCUGAUCAAACUGGGAGACAAGGAGAGGCUGGCCACUGUGUUGACAGACUGGCAGGUGUUUGAUAUGCUCUACCAUGAGGAGUGGAGUACUGCACUGAAUGCUUACUGGAGAAAUGCUGGAGGCAAAGAUCAGAUUAAGUACUGCUACAUUGAAGCUGUCAGAAAUGAUGAAAAUUCACCAGAAUUCAAUGAAAGUCAGAUGGCUCUAAGAUAUGAAAGAGUGGCAAGGAUAUUUGUCCAAGCUGGCCUCUAUGAUGAGGGUCAAGCUCUGGCAGAAAAGGCCAUUAAGUUAGAGGAGACACUGUUGGGGAAAAGGCCCGAGAGAAUGGCCUCACUUUGUGGCCUCAUGUCUCAUGUGUGGGAUCAGAAAUGCAAAUUGCAUGAAUUCAUCAUGUUGAAUCAGAAAGGAGAGACUUGGAACACAAUUUCAUGGGGCUUCAAAAGUAUUGACUACCUCAAACCCCUGGCUGAUGCUUCUGAGGAAACAAAGUUUAAAAUGGCUAUUGAAAUGAUGAGAGUGUCCUUCUCCCUGUCUACCUGGAUCACUCUAGGGGGCAGCCCCCAGCUCUCUCCCACUGAGGCCCGCAAACUGGGCAAUGAAUACCUGGCAGAUGCAAAGAAUGUGUUUAAAUCGAGAAAUGAUAUUGGGAAACUAGCUGAAGCAGUGAUGACCCAAGCUAUAUUGAUGGGAUCUGCCAAGACAGAACAGAUCAAGCUUUAUGAGGAAGCUGCCAAACUCUGCGUCCAGGCAUACGGGGACAAAUGUGUUUUAGCAGCACGCCUGAAAAUCAACACUGGCAUCUACUGGGAAGAAAUCGGCAAUUACUACAAGGCAUAUGAGUUUUUCAGGAAUUAUGCUUUGAUUUGUGAAGAGGUUAUGGGGCCUGAAAAUCCAAAGACCAUACGAGGCUGGAACAUCCUGAAUGAGAGUACAUACAAAGCUAUAGCCCAGGAACUGGGACACAACAACCAACCAUACACUGAAGUUGAGGACUAGAGGAAAAAAAUUUUUUAGAGAUAAAAUGUAUCUUUGUUUGUACAAGAAGUGUCCAGAAAAUGUAUGAGCUGACUACUUACUGUGCUUUUUAAUGCAUUGAUUCAGGGAAAUAUUAAGAAGUGACCAUGAAUCUACAGUGGUGAUGUCUCUUGGAUGUAUCUGUGAUAGUGAAAUAAGAAAGUCACCUAAUACUCACUGAUACUCUGGUCAUAAAAUUAUGCCAACAUAGAACUGAACAAGCUUUAUUCUAGUGAAACACAAUUGAUGCAAUUCUGUAUAUUUACAAGCUGUGGUUAAAACCGCGGACUUAACAAUGGGCACGCUUAAAACAUAACUGCAUUUUUACCCUCUGAAAUACUCUAUUGUUACAGCACUUAAUGUGUGAGAAAUUAAUUUUAUGUUUUGAAGUUAUUUUGGUUAUGUAAAUUAGGGAUUUGUUGGUUUUGACACACAUUGUUGAGACAUGAGAUGUCAUGUUCAAAUCAUGAAUUGCACUUAAUUUUAAUACCACUACUGAAAUAUGAAUAUGAUUUUGAUUUAAGAAUUUAUGUAAAUGAUAUCAAACUUACUGAUUAUCUAUAUGGAGUUUUAAUAUAUGUGUGUUAAGUGUAGAUGUUGUUACAACUUGGUCCUUCUACAUAGAAGUGUUUAAAAAUACCAGUGAAAAUGUAUAUAACCUUAUCUGUGAUAAUAUUAUUAUAUAUCUUUUGUAAGUGUCAGUUGUACCAGUCAGUGACAGUAUUAAGCAAUUUGCUUGUUCAACUGUUUUAUCUCUCAACUUGACUGUGUUACAACCAACUUCAGCAAUGAAGCAAGCUGCUGGUUUCCAAAAAGAAAAAAAGGGAAUGAGGACUGAUGAAGUUACGAGUGGGAAAUAUAUGUGUUGGGAUGACACGAUUUAAUAUGUAUAUUUGCACACUCACAUACUCACACACACAAACACACAUUGUGUAUGUCUUGUUUUAGACUUAAGUAAACUAGUUCACUUGUUGGCAAAGACUGGCUGCGUGAAUCUGAAGCUAAAGAUGCUUUUUUGCCCACUGAGCAUAACCUGAGAAUAUGUCAAGUACGAAGUAUACAAUUAAUCUGUAACAGACAUUUCACUUGUUUGAUAAAAUGUAAAUUGUCUUAAAUUGCAGAAUGCGUGAAAUUGUUACCAUGUAAAAAAUAAGAUACUUGAAAUGUUAUUUCAUCGUUUCUAUAUAUUUUUAGAAGUUGUAUACUCAUGAUUAUGAAAUAUUUUAUAAGGUAUUACUUGGUUUUAUUAAACAUGGUUCCCUGAAAUACUUGUUUAUUACACAGGUAUAUGAAAAAGAAUUAAACAAAUCACAAGAGAAUCAUUUCAGAUGCUUAAGUCAAGAUUUACUGAAUGGCGCUUAUAUUUAUCUGGCUAUGUUCAUGUCAUCGUCAUCACUGAUAGUGUUAAGAUUUAUCAAAUUGCAGUGUUGUAAUGGUUAUCUAAACGUCAAAAUUUAUCUGUAAAUGUUACAGAGCUUUAGAAUUCGGUCAAAUUGAGUAAAUCAUAUUUUAACCCCAUUCUUUGUUUUCUUGAUAUUUGUGUAUUUUGUUAUCUCAUCCAGUAUUCAAUUCGGCUGGUUGAACCAAGGAUUCCUUUGAUUGAACAUUGGUUUAUGGGCAUUUCAUUUAGUGCAAGUCACGAAGUAGUGAGUUACUGAUCACUGAGUUACAGCAGACAACUAUACAAUGUACGUAGUCUCCAAUAAUUAAUUCAUUCAUUCAGCACCUUGUACUUGGUGCGUUUUGGGGAAAUAUAUUUCUUCAUGACGUGUUUUA